UUGAUCCCAAUUCUUAGAGACGGAGUGGAGCUAGUAGUCAGGGAUGGUGAGGGAACCAGAAUAGCUGACCUCAACUGGGUUCCUGGGAUAAAAGGUAGGAGUCCUGCUAUUAGAAUUCAAGUUGAUGGGGCUGCAUUCAGAGUUAAGGACUUACUGGGAAUAGGUGGUUAUCAUUGGGAUGUUAAUUUGGUGAAAGCUAUGUUCCAGGAGAGGGAUGCUGAGGAGGUUUUGAAGAUCACAACUUUUAAUCCAAAAUUGCCUGAUAAAUGGAAAUGCACUCUUGAUGCUAAAGCUAAGUGUAUUUGA